AUACAAUGCACUGGUUUGCAGUAGGAAAUUCAUGGGAAGAAUUAUAUGAAGCCACAAAAGACAACAAAGUACAACUAUUCCACCUAAAUGACAUACCACAUACAGUAACACUAGAAAGCAGAAUAGAUCGACACGAACAAAUAGGGAAAGGACAAUUACCCGUAUCAGUAAUUUUACCAAACAAUGAAAAAGAAUUAAAUGAAUGGACCAUAAAACUUCAUAGUAAAAUUAACGAAGGAAAAGGAUACGAGAAACAGUACAAACAAAAAAUAUAUAACACCACAGAAAAAAUGGGACCUUACGACGAAGAAAAAACACAGAAAUGGAGAAACAUAUUAAGACAAUUAAUUGACGAGAUAGAAUAUUACGAAAUACUAUUGAACAGAGUUAAAGACCACGUCAUAACAUUAAGAAAACAAGAUCAACAUCGAAAAGCUUCAAUAAUACAAAAAUUAUUCAGAAAAAGACAAGUCCAAAAAUUAAGACAACAAAGGAACGAACUGGAAAAACAGAAACAAGAACUGGAUACAUUACGAAAAUCAUUAGCUAAAGCAGAAGAAAACAAACAAAAAAACCAAUAUGCAACAUCCCAACAACUAACACCUCAAAGAUAA